UUCAAAUAUUAGAUAUCAAAAUAAAAUCCUAGAGAUUAUGAAUGAAAUUUACCCUAAUUCGUUCAAAUUAAAAGAAAAAAAAAGAACUAAAAAAAAUCCAAAAUAUCCAAUAUAAAAUCCACUGCGAACCAGUCAGCAAGUGAAGGAAAGCAAAACAAGAGAAAUGGGAACGCUGUCGUCCCUCCACAACGUUUCAACCUCCCUGUCCCUCCUCACAAAACCUUCCCUUUCUCUCUCUCCUUUCCUUCGCCCAAUCCGUUCCCUUCCUCCCAUCACCUGCUCUUCUUUACAAUUCAACAUCACAUUUGCUCCUCCAAAACCAAAACCCAAACCAAAACCCCCACCAAACCUCAAAACCGACGCCGUUCUCGAUUCCGAUUCCCCUCCUCUUCCUCCCGAUGGCCAGUUCUUCAUCCCCUGGAUCGUACGCGGCGAGGACGGGAACCUCAAACUUCAAGCUCAUCCCCCUUCGCAUCUUAUCAACGCGCUAGCUGAUGCUAAAACACAGAAACCCAAAAAGAAGGCUGUCAAGGCGGUGAAGAAGGAAAAGGAGAUUUCAGCUGUGGGGAAUGCCAGUGUUGAGCAGCCGCCGCCUAAGCUUUCCAAGGCGGCUAGAAGGUUUUAUAAUGAAAAUUUUAGACAGCCUCCUCAAAGAUUAAGCAAAGUCCUUGCUGCUGCUGGAGUGGCAUCGAGGCGUGAAAGUGAAGAGCUUAUUUUUGAUGGCAAGGUGACUGUUAAUGGUUCUGUGUGCAAUGCUCCUCAGACUCGAGUUGAUCCUGCAAAGGAUAUUAUUUAUGUCAAUGGGAGCCGCCUGCCUAAAAGAUUGCCACCAAAAGUGUAUCUUGCCCUAAACAAGCCCAAAGGGUAUAUUUGCUCUUCUGGGGAGAAAGAGUUCAGAUCUGUCCUUGAUCUGUUUGAGGACUAUUUAAAGAGAUGGGACAAAAUGAAUCCAGGAUCUCCCAAGCCACGAUUAUUCACUGUUGGCCGACUUGAUGUUGCUACAACUGGUUUGAUUAUUGUGACUAAUGAUGGAGAUUUUGCUCAAAAGCUUUCACAUCCUUCAUCCAACUUUCAUAAGGAAUACAUUGCAACAAUUGAUGGUGAAGUAAAGAACCGGCACUUAAUUGCCAUCAGUGAAGGGACAGAAAUUGAAGGCAUUCAUUGCAUCCCAGAUUCUGUGGAAUUACUUCCACGGCAGCCAGACUCGUCUAGACCUCGUCUUCGUGUUGUGGUUCAUGAAGGGAGGAAUCAUGAAGUUCGUGAACUUGUGAAAAAUGCGGGGCUUGAGAUUCAUUCAUUGAAGCGUGUACGCAUAGGCGGUUUCAGACUUCCAGCAGAUCUAGGGCUAGGGAAGCAUAUUGAGCUAAAUCAGAGUGACCUUCGUGCGAUGGGUUGGAAGAGUUAAAAAAAUCACUGCUUCAGUGGGAGCAUAUGCAUUUCUUUGGUUUCUGUGGCAGAGACUUCAAUCAGAGCAUGGAAACUGACCCGUUCACAGCAACCGUAUAUGGGCCUAUGAGUUUAACUUCAUCAUUGCUCAUUGGUUUGGCUGAAUUGUGCAGGCAGACCCCAUCUUUUUCCUUGGAAAAGGUAUAAUUCUUGGAUUACUGCUUCUGAGUGGUAAAAUUACUUAUAUAGAUGUGAAGUUGCGUACAUAGAGAGCUUCUAAUAGAUGCUACAUUACCAAACUCUUCAUGGAAAUCAAAUGAUUGUAAUUCAACUGGUUUAAAGAAAAGGAACUUCUGGGCUGAAGCAAUUGCAUUAUUGUGCCGUUGCCACGGUAUAGAUAUUUAAAUAUGCUCUGCUUAAUGGUUAUUGAUAUUUAAAUGAAGGUUCACAGGAUAUACCUCUCCCUAUCUAAAUUAGAUGACUUUGAUUUCUUCACAACAAUUCAUCCUUGGCCGGUAAUACGUGAUCGUGCUGUUAUUGCAUUCAUCCUUGGGCAAUAAUACAUGAUAG